UUUGAAAUUAGUUUCUUGCUCUACCGAGGUAUGAAUUAUAAGAUUCGGUGAAAACCAGACCAGUUACCAAUAUAUAUUCCAAGAAUAGGUUACCGUAGGAUACGAUUCAUCUGAACGUCUAGGCUCGCGAAAGAAUUGGAUUCGUUGACUCAGGUAUUCCUUUAGUCUUGCUGAAGAAAGUUUGAAUUAAAUAUCGUUGGGGAAGAUAUCACCAAGGAGACCGGUUUGUAAGUUGCCAUUAGUUAAGUAAAACUGCCUUUUGUUAUUAAUAAACGUUUUUCUCAGCUUAAAGAACUCGGCACAGGAACAUCAUCGUCUUCUGCGCGGUGUGCCAGGAGUGGUAUCACUACCAGUGCGUCGGAGUGACAUCAGCGGUAGCAAACGAGAGCUGGAUGUGCGCACGUUGUUCGGCUUUGCCAUCGUCCACUUGGAUAGGCGAGCUAUUUGGAAGCGAUCCUGUAUUCCCAGCUACCAUCAUCAACGUUCCAUCACCUAGGGCCACCGAAUCUCUGUCGGUAGUUGCUUCAACUUCCUCCGUGGUAUCGCACGGGACAAACUCUGGACUACCGCUAGUCACAUCGGCGGCAUUCUCAACUGUAUCGUCGACUGCACCUCCUGGAUUAGUGCCGCCUGCCGUCGUUGGGCCCUCCGGAUGGGUACGUGCAACGACGACUACAGCUACUACGGCGAACUAUGGACAGCCUCUACUGACGGAACAGGCGAGAGCAAGCCUGCAAUGGGUCCAAGAUCAUCGAGCUCUCCUGGAGCAACAAUUGGAAGAAAGUCAUAGGAAGGAACUGGAGAGGAAGAAGGCACUGCUGGGACAACUAACGAAUAACGCCUUGCAAAGUGUCAUCAGCGGGGCGGCGUCAAACAGCUUCAACGAGCAGCCCGCCGCGGUCGGCGGGUUCGACAGUGUCGGAGGCUGGCUGGGAAGGAUGAUCGGCGAGAUGGAAAAUCUGUCAGUCACACCAGCGAGCGCGGGGCCACAUGUGACAGCAUCCGCUACACCCGUACUCAACAAUUCUACACCGACGACUACUGGUCAUGGUAGCCAGUAUGUAUUCGAACCGUCUCUUUCAUCACUGCUACUUGGAGUACCUAGUAGUAUGUCGAAGGUUCCCACAGGUUCGGUGUCUGAAGGUCAGUACAGUACUAUGCCAUCUAUUCCUCUGUAUGGGUACCCGUCACCUGGAAGGGAUUAUUCUCGUCAAAUCAGUAGCUUCCCGUUCCGCAGUCAGGUGUGUCUUUAAUAGGUUCGGGGAAUGCCAAUUUGACUAACGUUGUAACGGCCUGCCCGACGGUUCCAACAGCGUCAAUUCCGCAGGCACCAAUUUACAGUGGGUUACCAGUGAAUGCAAGUGCACCCGGAAUACAUCCGAAUCCUAUCGCAUCGCAAUCUCCCAUGGGCGAGUAUUAUCCGGUGAAUUCGCCCCAAGCAUUCCAGUUACAGUACCUAGGGGGUCCAACGCAGCAGCAGUUGUUGGCGAGACAAGUUAUGCCGAGAGAUCUCCCGCCGUUCCGAGGGGAUCCUGAGGAUUGGCCGCUAUUUAUCUGUGCAUACACCAAUUCGACGGCCGCAUGCGGGUACACCAACGUGGACAAUUUGGCUCGGCUUCAACGAGCGCUGCAAGGUAAAGCAUUCGAUGCAGUGAAAAGUCGUUUGCUCCUACCAGCGUGCGUCCCACAAGUCAUGUCCACUCUGUACAUGUUGUACGGAAGACCGGAACUGAUCAUCCAAACAUUAUUGGACAAAGUUCGCGAGACUCCUGCACCAAAGGCGGACAGAUUGGAAACGCUGAUUACUUUCGGCAUGGCGGUUCAAAACCUGUGUGACCAUAUUGAGGC